AUGUCGUCUGUCAGAGCCGCAGAGAGAGAAAUGCAUCGAGGAGAGGACGAAGACGACGAACGACGUCGUCAGAGGAAGCUAGAAGAAGCCCUCGAAGUCAAAUCGCUCAGGCGCAUCAUCAGCGCCUACCUCAACUACCCGGAGGCAGCAGAAGAGGACGUGAGAAGAUAUGAAAGAUCUUUUAAAAUGCUUCCACCUUCCCAUAAGGCUCUACUGUCCCACUACCCUUUAAAGUUUCAAAGACUAAGACGCUUAGGGGCUUUCUGUGCAUUUCAGGUAAAUUCAUAUUUCAUUUUUAUCAUGCUUCAGGCAUUUGAACCCCCGCUUGAUUUGAGCCAGGACACAGAUGUCCGUGAUGGCCCACAUCUUGAACGCGUCUCAUAUAACCACGAUGUUUCUGGAGUAAAAAGUGUUCGCUCUUCUCAGUCUAACUCCACAAGUGAAAGAAUGCAUAUCUCCAACUCAGAUCAGGCCUGUUGUGGGGAAGGGAGCAGUGCAGUCUGCAGUUCACCAAUAGGGGUGACUACCAAAAAGGAGGUAAACAAUGAAGGUCAUUGUGAUUCCAUCACUGAGCGACACGCUUCAGGCAGGGAAUAUAACAGAGAGAUGCAUAACUGUGAUGGGAAUGAUGCCAUUGAUUCCAAUGGAGAUGUGUCCUCACCAACUCGUACGUGGUUGGAUCCAUCAUUACAGUUACAUGUUCCGUUAGUUGAUGUUGAUAAGGUUCGUUGUAUUGUACGAAACAUAGUUAGAGACUGGGCGGCAGAGGGACAGAAAGAACGUGACCAGUGCUACAAGCCUAUACUUGAAGAACUUGAUUCACUAUUUGCUGAUCGCUCUAAGGAAAGUCCUCCUGCCUGUUUAGUUCCUGGUGCUGGACUUGGGCGACUGGCUUUGGAAAUUUCAUGUCUAGGUUUCAUAAGCCAGGGAAAUGAAUUUUCAUACUACAUGAUGAUAUGUUCAAGUUUUAUUCUCAAUCAUUCUCGAACUGCUGGGGAGUGGACAAUAUACCCUUGGAUCCACAGCAAUUGCAAUUCACUUUCAGAUAGUGACCAACUUCGUCCCGUUUCAGUACCAGAUAUUCAUCCAGCAAGUGCAGGGAUUACCGAAGGCUUUUCUAUGUGUGGUGGUGACUUUGUUGAGGUUUAUAAUGAUCAAAACCAAGUAGGUGUUUGGGAUGCAGUUGUGACCUGCUUCUUUAUUGACACGGCGCACAACAUUGUCGAAUACAUUGAAAUCAUAUCAAGAAUCUUGAAAGAUGGUGGAGUUUGGAUAAAUAUGGGCCCACUACUAUAUCACUUUGCUGAGAUGUAUGGGCAAGAUGAUGAAAUGUCCAUUGAACUGAGUUUGGAGGAUGUGAAGAGGGUUGCUUUGCACUAUGGAUUCCAUUUUGAGAAGGAAAAGACCAUUGAGACAACCUACACUACAAAUCCUAAGUCAAUGAUGCAAAACCGAUACAAUGCUGCAUUUUGGACAAUGAGAAAGAGAUCAGCAAUAGCAACGGAGCAAGCCACUCCUUAG